AUGGCAUCUCAACAUUCAAGGAGAUCACGCGAGGCCCGUCCCGAGAUGUCUAUCGGUCGCUAUACGCGCCUAGAUGAGAUCGGGCGAGGCAGCUUCGCGACAGUCUACCAAGGUGUUCACACAAAAUCGAGAAUGUUUGUAGCAAUCAAGUCCGUGAACUUGUCGAAGCUCAACAAAAAGCUUAAAGAUAACCUUUCAUCCGAGAUCGAUAUCCUCAAAGGCCUUCACCAUCCUCAUAUCGUGGCCCUUAUCGACUGUCACGAAUCGACAUCUCACAUUCACCUGGUCAUGGAAUACUGUGCGCUGGGGGAUCUGUCCCUCUUUAUCAAGCGCCGAGAUACUCUUGGAACACAUAAAUACACCCGAGACAUGAUUGCCAAAUACCCGAAUCCACCCGGUGGCUCACUCAAUGAGGUGGUCACAAGGCAUUUCUUGAAGCAACUGUCAAGCGCAUUGAAAUUCCUCCGUGACCGAAACCUUAUCCAUCGAGAUAUCAAGCCUCAAAAUCUUCUACUUUGCCCAUCCCCCUCGUCAUAUCGGACUGGAGCAGCCCAAAUUGUACCCUUCAAAGGCAGCCAGGACUCUUUCGAACCCACAACCGGGCUCGAGUCUCUCCCAAUGCUUAAGAUUGCCGACUUUGGCUUCGCUCGAUCUCUACCAGCCACUUCACUAGCAGAGACACUGUGUGGAUCCCCGCUGUACAUGGCGCCCGAGAUUCUCCGGUAUGAAAAGUACGAUGCCAAGGCCGAUCUGUGGUCGGUAGGGACAGUUUUAUAUGAGAUGGUGGUGGGCCGACCGCCCUUUAGGGCCUCGAAUCAUGUCGAGUUGUUGCGGAAGAUUGAGAAGGGAGAAGACAGAAUCCGCUUCCCUGAAGAAAAUCCGGCCUCAGACGACAUCAAAAGGUUAAUUCGGGGUUUAUUAAAACGAAACCCAGUGGAACGAUUGAACUUCCCUGAGUUCUUUAACAACAAUGUGAUCAAUGAUCCAAUUCCGGGCUUAGUGGCUGAUGAUGUUACGGAAGUACCUCGAUCACCCCAACCAACUCAGCUCGAAGGAAAGCCUGAAACAUCACCUUAUUAUGCUGGGCCAGAGGAAAGGACAGUAUACCCUACCAGUCAACAGCCUGCUGUAGCACGCCAAAAGUCGGAGACUCCGCCAGCUGCAUCGCCUAUGCGUCGAAUGGGGAGCCUAGACCGACCUGCCUCGGGUUUUGCUAAGGAGCAGCAACGUGGAGGCACACCACCUCAACGACCUUCUCCUGUUAGUCUUGCCACUGCUCCAGGCCGUCAGGAGCUUACUGAUCGCAACGCCACCACGGCUGCCAUGGACCGCCAGAGAGCUCGCAAUACGUUCGCCAGCGCACCUAAAGUAAGUGACUCAAAUGUUCGUUCUCAGGAGGAACGGGAUCGUGCUGCGCAGGAAGUGGCAUUUGAAAGAGACUACGUUGUUGUUGAGAAACGUGCCGUGGAAGUCAAUGCUUUUGCAGACGAGCUCGCUCAUAGCCCGCGGUUCCAGGGUGGGUUCUCACGACCACGAACUGGCGUUGGGUCUCGUCGGGCAACAACGCAGGGCCUCCCUACAGUAUCACCCUCUUCUCCGCGUGGCAACGCGGCCAAGGCUAUGCAGGUCAUUACGGGUCGCUCACGAGCAGAUUCCACCCACCAGCGACAGCAUUCAUACGAGCGACGUUAUGGACAAAGUCCCACUUCGGCGACUUCGGCAAUUUCGAAAGCGCUCAAUAUGGCCAGCGGCCGCUUGUUUGGAAUGGGCUUCUCCCCUCCACUCGCCAUCACCAAAGGGGGGCGCUCUCCGCCACUAGCGUAUAAUCCUUUCCCCGCAUAUCCCCCUACACACGCAAGCCUGUUGAUCACAGGAGAUGGCGCCAAAACAAAUGUGGCCGUCGAUGAAGACUGCAAAGCAGUCCAGGCUAUCGAAGAAUGUGCUACACGUAGUGACGUUGUCUUUGGCUUUGCAGAGGUCAAAUACAAGCAGCUUGUCCCGCUCGCCCCUUCAGCACCGACUGACCCGUCUGCGAGACCUGUUGAUACACAUAACGAGCCAGAUGCCGCCGACUCCGAUGAUGGACUGACGGUCGAUGCCAUUGUCACUUUAUCUGAGGAAGCAUUGGUGCUCUACGUCAAGGCAUUGUCCCUACUUGCAAAAUCAAUGGACAUUGCUGGGGCAUGGUGGUCACGCAAGAACAGAGAAGAGGUAUAUGGGGAAUCACCAAACAAAGACAGCAUGAGCGCUGUUGCCGGCACCCGGAUCAACUAUGUUGUGCAAUGGGUGCGUAGUCGUUUCAAUGAGGUUAUCGAGAAAGCAGAAUUCGUGCGCCUCAAACUCAUCGAGGGACAAAGGCGAUUACCACCCGACCAUCCAAGCCACCCAGACAACCAUUCUAUCGGCUCUACUGCUGGCUCCACCUCAUCUGCCGACGUAGUUGUCAGCCCUGGAGUCACAGCCGAGAGACUGAUGUAUGACCGCGCGCUCGAAAUGAGCCGUGCGGCUGCUAUCAACGAAUUGACAGGCGAAGAUCUUGCCAAUUGUGAGAUAACAUACGUCACUGCAAUUCGCAUGCUAGAAGCUGUGCUGGAAGAUGACGGAACCCGAUCUACAGCAAGUGGUAGCGACCGCCAGAGCAGCUCCCAGCCUGGCGACAAAGUGAUCCUGGAUGACCUCCAAGUCGAGGAUCGCCAGGUCGUCCUCAAACUUGUCUCCAGCAUGCGUGGUCGCCUCGCAUCGGUCCGGAAGAAGCUUGCUGUCCUUUCAAAACGGUCCUCAGCGCCCACUCCGAUAGUCAGUGCAGGCAAAGUGCCCUUAUCCACUAUCUCUCCUAUCCCCUAUGCUACGGGUGUAACACCUCCAAGAUGA